AUGGUAAAAGUACUAAUACCAUACUUUACACGUAUUUAAAAUGUUACCACGCUCAAAGUGUAUCAGGAAAAUCAUUGAUAUCCUAAUAAAAAUGCAGGAUGUUACUGUUGUAUUUGGUUGAAGGGAAGUUCAUUUUAAAGAUUCAUCUAAUUAUUAUUUUAUCCAUCAAACAAGUGAUCAUUGUGUUUGUGAACAGACCUAGAGGAUACGUUUGUUUAGUCUAAACAUCAACAUUAUUACUAUACAUUAGCAUUAUAAACAAUAUUAACCUUAUUACUAAUGGGAGUAAUGAUAGAUUACCGGAAAGUAUUCUAUUCUUGAGCUCAAUAAAUGGAAGUCGCCUUGCUUUAAAAUGUCAUUAGCUCGCAGUAAACUGCAUUACGUCACUAACGGAGGUGAGGUGGCCCUCACUUCGCCCCUCCCGGGAGGAAGAGGAGGGGAGGAAGACCUCCGUAGAUUCCUCCUCUCUGCCCUUAAGCACUCGGAGGCGGCUGCGAUGGACGGACUGAAUCCGGACUGUUGGGUUCGGUCUGCGAGACCUCCGCUGUGUCUCCUCCCUCAGCACCCGGGGAGCCUCGUCAUGCAGAGGGAGGAGGAGGAGGAGGAGGAGGAGGAGGAAGGACAGCACCCCGCUGCUUGCUGCUGCUCCACAGGUUGCCAUGGUGACGUGGGUCAAGCUGUCGAGGCUCAGUGGUCAACGCCCCGACCUCCAACCCUCUCUGGGAUCCCCGGCGGCUACGGACCGGCGGCGGGGGGUCCUGGGGCUCCCCGGCCCCGGACUGUGAGGGAUGGCGGUGGUCGUUGCUGGGAGGGUCCACGGAUGGAGACCCGGGGCUGCGUCUGUGUCUGCGGGCAGAAGGGGGCGGGAGGUCCAGCUCCCUGCUGGCCUGGAUGUCCAUACGUCUACGGAGUGAGGAGGAACCUGGUGGUUGCAUUGGAGGUGGUGGAGGAGGUCGCUGUUGAAGACACUCUCGAAGUAAUAGGACAUAUACACACAUGAUCGGCUGGUUCCCGAGCUGCCACCAAACGCCCAGACGUUCCCCACAUGAGACGCAGCCACUUCCAGCAUGUCCUGCUGUCACUGGAUACCAUGCAAACAGCUUUUAUUUAUAUGUUUGUCAAAGGUGUUUGUAUUCUUUGUAUUUAAUAAAUCCCUGUCUCUGUUUGUCUUUA